ACACAAUAUUACACAAUAUUACGAUUUACUCUCAAUUUUUAAUUUUUUUUUUGUUUAGUAGAUUUAUUCGUAAUGUAAUAAAAUUGUUAAACUUCUGUAUUAUUGUAUUUUAAUUUUUUUGUAUUAUUGUCCUGCAAACUCAUCGUUGCAAAAAGAUAACAGUACGAUCAGAGAAUAGAAAAAGAGUAGCUGUCGUUACUUUGUAGUUUUUAUAGUUCGUGAAAGAUGAGAACACGCAAGAAUUUAGUACUUGGCAAACGGAGCCUGUGAACAGAGAUUAUUUAGUAUUUUUAAUUCUUUUUUUAUCAUGUAAAAUAACCAUUCUAGUGACAGUUGGUGUUACUCAAUGGAACUUCUCAAGAACUAUCGAAUUCGAGGAAUCAUAUUUGUCGAGGAAAACUCGUCACUGAAAUGGUUUUAAAAGUAUGAAGGAAACGGAGCAAUAACUAUUAUUUAAAAAAGAUAAACGUUCUUCUCAUUAAAGAACGAUUCAUUAUGAAUUCCUCAACCAUGUUCAGUUUGUUACUUAUUAUAUUGCUUAAUGUGAAACAUGGAUUGUUGAUAUCACAGCACCCAAAGUUGUUAGUAAUAUCAUAUGAUGCAUUCAGAUACGAUUACUUUGACAGAAACUUAACGCCAUUUAUGAACAAAUUAAAACAUGAAGGCACAUAUGCGGAUUACAUGAUGAACAUUUUUGUCACAAAAACAUUUCCCAAUCAUCAUACAAUGGCCACAGGAUUAUAUGCAGAAACGCACGGAGUUGUGGACAAUGAGUUUUAUGACCCUGUUUCAGGAAACACAACAAAAUUCUCAUAUAAUCUGUAUCAUUAUAAUAAUAAAGUUCUUCCUAUUUGGACUGUCAAUCAAAAAGCAGGCGCACAAAGGCGCAGUGGUACAAUGAUGUGGCCUGGUGGCAUUUUUGAAUACGAAGGAGUCACUCCUGCAUUUGCUCAGAAUUUCAAUGAAUCCAUACCAUGGGAAGAAAGAAUUGAUACUUUAAUAUCAUGGUUUAUCCAUCCUAUACAUCCAAUCAAUUUUGGAAUAUUGUAUAUUGAAGAGCCAGAUUUUCACGGGCAUAUGAUUGGAAUAAAAGGAUCUGAAUUUGACGAUAUUCUUAGGAAGUUAGAUAACAUUACUAAAUAUCUUCACAAUAAGAUAGAGUACCAUGGUUUACAUGAUCUCAAUAUUGUUCAUUUAAGUGAUCAUGGAAUGGCAACUGUUAAAUUAGACAGAAUAAUAGAUUUAACAAAAUAUAUUAACAGUUCUGAUUAUAAAUUUGUGGGUACCUCUCCAGGAUUACACAUUUUUCCCAAUCCUGGCAAAGAAGAAAUAAUUUAUCAAACAUUGAAACAAGCAGCAUUGAAAACAAAAACAUUCAGAGUUUAUAAACGGGAAGAAAUUCCUAAAAAAUAUCACUAUGGAAAUAAUACGCGUAUUGGUCCUAUUUUUGUUAUUGCUGAAAUUGGAUAUGCAUUUCAAAAUCUUCUCGAUAAUAUAGAAUACUAUAAGAAGAAGUUUAACAUCACAGUGAACAGUGAUUCAGAAUUCGGCCUUCACGGUUACGAUAAUGAGGCAAUAGAGAUGCAUCCUUUCUUCUUUGCAAAUGGCCCUGCAUUUAUGCCUAAGUGCAAACUCGAACCUUUCAAUAAUUUAGAUCUAUUUCCGCUGUUCUGUAAAAUACUCGAUCUUCAUUGUCCGAUAGGGAAUGGUACCAUAUCACACCUAACCAAGUGCCUUAAGAAACAUCAGCAAGAUAUCACAGUGAUCGCGUAUCGAAUGAUAUGAGAUAUUAUCCAGUGGAUGGAUAAUAUGUAAAGAAUAUCAAAUAUGUGAAUUUUCACAUAUUGCGUAUAAGUAAUGAAAUGAAUUAAAAAAGAAAAAAAACAGAUGAUUUAGUAAUAAGACAUAGCAUUAUGAUGAAAAAUAAGUAGACACAAUUUCCUUUUUUAUAAAUAAAGUUAUAUUGUUUCAAACUUUGAAACAUAGCGAAACGUUUAAAUAGAAUUUUAAUCUUUUUAAGCAAUUAACUACUUAAUUAUAAAAUUGUGUUAUACAUACAAUUGUAUUACAUACUAUAUAUCCACACAAUUAUAGAACUGUAUUGUACAUAUUUUUGAAUUCGUGCAAUGACGUAUGUAAUUUUAAACUAAUUGUUAUUAGGAAAUUGUUAAAUAUGAAAAGUACGUGAAAAGUUUUAAUGUAACAAUUAACUAUUGAAACACAUUAAGAAGAAUAAAUUCUUUAAUGAAAAAACAAAAGCUAAAUUUCUCAUUUAUAUGUUUAAAAAUAAAUCAUAGAAAAGAGCUGUUUCCUAAUGCUUCUAUUCCUUAUAACGCUAAUGUCAAAAAUAACCAGAUUCGACUUUUUGUUUUUAGAAGAAUACUGGAAGAUUUGGAAGCACAGUACCAUUGGGAUGAAAAUCACGAUAUUGAAAGUGAUACUUGCAAAUUAAACAGUUUUCCAGAUUUAUUCGUAAUUUCAUGCUACGCGAAGAAUAGAUAUUCGUAUGCAUAUAAAGGAAAUGUUAAGUAUAGGAAAACUCUUUUCCACUAUAGAUGACAUAUGCUUCAUCCGUUGCAUGGUUAAAUACAUAUAAAUGAGAAAAUACUUCUGUGAUAAAAGAAAUUGAUACUUUCGAAUAACUCUAAAUAAUGUACAUAAAUUGCAAACAAUCACGAACUUUUUAUUCUUUUAAAUUUUACAAUACUAUGUCUAAUGUAGUAACUAUAUAUAUUUAACAUAAAAUAAACUGCCACAUAAUUAUUAAAUGACUCAUCUUUCUACUUGUAUCAAUACCAAAAGUACAAGUAAGGUUCGAGAAAUAUUAUAUUGGUCUAUUUAAUUAUAUAAUUCAUCUAUUUAUUGUUUUAAAAGUGUAAUCAGUAUGUACAGUAUUAUUUUAGAAAUUAAAAUGUAAUAAUUUAUUCUGUAAGCAGAAUAUUUUACAAAAUUAAAUUUAUAGAUCAAAUGUACUUAUUACAAUAGUGCAUCAAUUGUAUGACAAUUCAUAUGUGAAUAAAUCAGUUGUAAAUAAAUGAUAUU